AUGAUUGUUUGUGGGGUAGCUGAUCAAUCCCCCCGUGAAAGACUCUUACGUGAUGCGGAUUUAACACUUGCCAAGGCCAUUGAUGCCGGUAUUGCUGCAGAGGAAACCAAGCGUCACGCAAAAGAACUCGAAAAACAUCAACAAUCGUCAGAUAUUCACCAAGUUUAUCAUUCAAAAGAAAGAAAACUCAAAAAAUCUAACAGAGCCCCUGAUGACGUCAUCAAGAAAUGUAAGUUUUGUAAUGGCUCCCACCAACGUGGCAACUGUCCUGCCUACGGGAAACGGUGUAGAACAUGCAACCGUAAGAAUCAUUUCGCUGUUUGCUGUUCCCAAAAAUCUGUCAAAUGUGUUACUGAGUAGGAUAAGUCCUCUGAUGAUGAAUUUUUCAUCGAUAUGGUUAAAGUCACUAAUACCAAUCAGAAUCUCUCAACUGAAGGUGAUGGUGAAAACACCCCAACUCCCAAAUCCAUGCCAACCAAUGCUAGUCCCAAUGUUUUCACAGUUAACAAUACCAAAUCAGAUUGGUCUGUCACACUGGGCAUGAAUUGAACUGAUGUCAAUUUCAAGAUAGAUACUGGAGCCAAGUGCAAUGUAAUUCCAAAGCGCCUACUUUCCAACCUCUCACCUAGACCUAAGCUCAAAACAGCAAACGUCCAGCUCUCUGCAUAUAAUGGCACAACUAUCCCUGUUGCUGGUAAGUGCAUUGCUCAAGUCAAACACAGGAGACAAACAAUUCCCGUUCUCUUCAUGGUUGUAGAUUCAGACUCUGUCCCCAUACUAGGAUUAAAUACAUGUGACAAACUGAACUUGAUCAGACAAAUGUAUCAAAUUUCAGAGGAAGUCCUAUUGAGGAGGAAUUCUCAAUCAUAGCUGAUCUAUAAGGUUGUGCCAACUCCCAAGAUGACAUCAUUGUGUGGGGAACAACUAAACAAGAGCACGACCUUCGCCUCAGAGAUGUACUGACACGUAUCCGAGUCAGUGGAUUGAAGCUCAACCGAAACAAAUGUGUCUUUGCCGUAGAAUCCCUCACAUUUCUGGGACACACACUUUCUGCUGAUGGUGUUAAGCCUGAUCUCUCCAAAGUUGAAGCAAUCGUCAACAUGCCAAUUCCUGAAUCGAAAGGUGAUCUUCAACGAUUCUUGGGUAUUGUGAAUUAUCUGGGUAAAUUUGUCCCCAACCUCUCACAAACCACCACUCCGCUUCGUGAAAUGCUCAAGAAAAUGUUCAUUUUGACCUCCAGCAACCACAACCGGACGCCAUCCAAGAGCUGA